UGAAUUUAGGGUACACAAAAUAAGGCAAAAGUGAUAGGAGGAGCUUUGGGCCUUAUGGGCCUCGGUUCGUGGAGGGUGAAAUACGUAAAAUCUCAUCAUCGUCUUGUUCAUUCGACUCCAACUGAACAAACUAGGGUUUGAGAUCCUAAAUUUUGGCGUUAUGAAGAAGAAAAUGGUAAAGGCGGGUGAGACGGAAACGAAGAAGAAAGCAAAAUGUUUCAAGGAUAAGAGGAAGAAUAUGCAAAGAUUAGGAGGAGGAAGAGGAGGCUUAUCAUUGGAAGCAUUUGCAAACGCCAAAACCAAGACCAACACUUACAACCCUGCCAUCAUAAAAAAGCAAAGGGAGUUCUAUAAGAACGCCAAAUAUGUAAAUAAAUAUAAGAGGAUAGUUAAGCAGCAACAAGGAGAGCCUUCUGGUUCUGGUUCUGCAAGACAACUAGAGGAUGAAGAAGGGAGAAGAAAUAAGAAGAAUAGUGCUAGAAGCCUAAGAGAAAUAUAUGAGAGAAAACGCGAGGAGGAUGACAAGGCAAAGAUGGAGACAGAGGCCACUAUUCUAGCAAGGAAAGAAGAAAGGCAGAGAGCUGAAUCUCGAAGGAAAGAACUAAGGGAGAAAAUGUUCAAGAAAACCAAAUCAGGCCAACCAGUCAUGAAGUACAGAAUAGAACAUAUUUUGGAAACACUUCAAGGAUCAAAAGUAUAAGAAUAUGAGCGAGCAGUAACAUCAAAGAAGCAGUUGCAAAAGACACAAGUGUGUAUGGAUGUAAAAGUUUAAAGAAUAAAACUGUUCUUGUCCAAUUAAUAUUUUCAUUAAGCCUCUCUCUUUAGUCGUUCGUGCACAUUUGAACUUCCAUCAUUUGCUUUCUUAGAUAGGAGUACCAGUGAUGCUCUUCUAUGGUAGGUCACUAGUAUUUAAAGUCUUGAAUUCUCAUUGUCUUGUAAAGGUGAAUUCAGAAUUAAUCCUUCCAUUGAACUCAUCACUUGAUUAUGAGUUCAAAUUUUGACAAAAAAAAA